CGUUAGCAGUGUAGUUGCGGACGUGCGAAUAACCGGAGGGACGCACUUUCGGCGUACUUCUCUUACUCAAUUGUCAGAGUUUCACCUGUACUUGAGGUCACUACGAACAUAAACAAAUGAGCUUAGCGAUAAGAUAUGCUGCGGGUUUUCGAAAGCAGCGUUCAGCUUAUAGUGCUCGUAAUUUGCUAAUAAAGUGGAUGGAUUAAAAACGGAAAACAUUCACAACAAGUAUUAAUUAUAUUGGAUUAUUUCGAAUAAAGACGACACCAGAAUGGUCUCCAAAGUAAUUAGUUUUGAUGAGGUUGUUAAAACAUCAAUUGAAACAUUUCGUAACACAUUCGGUUCCGAGCCCGAUAUUGCCGCCUGUGCACCGGGCCGUGUCAACCUAAUUGGAGAACACGUGGACUACAACGAUGGGUUCGUCCUGCCAAUGGCACUGCCAAUGGUGACUGUUAUUGUAGGAAAAAAGAACUACACUCCCUCGACUUGUGAUGUAGUAACCUGUUUUGAGGGCACCCGGGAGGAGAAGCGAACACAAUUCGACCUCAGUAAUAUCGCGCGAGGAACUCCCAAAUGGCUCAAUUACGUCAAGGGCGUGAUGUUUCACUUCGGUCAGGCGAUUCCAGGCUUCAACGCGGUCAUAAAUUCGAACGUUCCAGUUGGUGGUGGUUUAUCGAGCAGUGCGGCACUGGAGGUAGCGACCGCAACAUUUUUGGAGCAGCUAACAGCGCGGAAAAUUGAGAAGCCAAGCGAGAAGGCUCUAGUCUGCCAGAAGGCGGAGCACACCUUUGCCAACAUGCCGUGCGGAAUCAUGGACCAGCUCAUCUCGGUUUGCGGACAAAAGGAUCGGGCUCUAUUGAUUGACUGCCGGAACCUAUCUAUCGAACAAAUUCCAUUCGAUGCCGCUGGACUUGCGGUGCUAAUUUGUAACUCUAGCGUUAAACAUGAAUUGGCCUCCAGCGAGUAUCCGGUUCGACGUAAACAGUGCCAGCAGGCUUUGCAGUUGAUGGGACUGAAGAGCUAUCGGGAUGCCACCGAGAAGGACCUGAGCGCCUUGAAAGGAGCCGGCGAGGAGCUGACGCGACGGGCCCGGCACGUCAUCACCGAGAUCAAGCGCACGGUCGCCGCUGCCGAGGCUCUGAAGGAAAACGAUUUCGAGCAGAUGGGAAAAUUAAUGAUCGAGUCGCAUACAUCGUUGCGCGACGACUUCAACGUUUCGUGCCAUGAAGUCGACAUCUUGGUGGAGGCAACGGAGGGCGCUCCGGGGGUCCUGGGCACACGAAUGACCGGCGGUGGAUUCGGUGGCUGCACCGUGACUCUGCUGCGGAAGGAAAGCGUGGAGGCGGCCGUCAAGGAAAUUGAUACAAUCUAUUCGCGCAAAGUGGGCGGCAAAUAUCGGGCCCGAUUCUACCUGGUCGAACCAUCCGACGGUGCUAGAUUGAUUAAUUUGGGCCAUUACUGCGAGUAGUCGCUGGCCGACUCCUGGUACCCGGGACGUGCUGCACGGCGAACCGGAGCGGCAUCAGCGGGGCCAUGAUUAGGCACAAAUCAAACAGAAUUGUUAGGGCGGAUGUCGAUAGUGAAUAGGGUCGUACCGGGUUGUUGGCUUUAUGAGCCGUAUUUCUGGCAGUUAAUCACGUUUGUUGGUGUUUGAUGGAUUGGUAAGAUAACCGUAAUUCAAGUAGCAUUUAAUUAUACAUUUAAAACGGAUAAUAAAUUGAUCUUUUUGUUUAUUGAUUCA